UACGAGUGUUGUUGAAUGCAUCAUGACACUAGCAACGUUAAUAGCCUAGCCGGCUACCUCGGCUAAUCUGAUUUACCGUCUCUGUUAAACGGACGUAACGCAAGUCCCGGGAUUACCAUUUGCUCCAUAUCCAGUGAUUAACGCUAAAUAUAGGGGACAUUAAACAGCCGCUUGAUAACAGAAUGGCAUCGCUUGGGGAGCCCGUGCGGUUGGAAAGAGAUAUUAACCGUGCUGUUGAACUGCUUGAUAAGCUCCAGAGGACGGGGGAGGUGCCUCCCCAGAAGCUGCAGGCCCUGCAGAGGGUCCUACAGAGUGAAUUUUGCAACGCCGUCAGAGAAGUUUAUGAACAUGUUUAUGAAACGGUGGACAUCAACAGCAGUCCUGAAGUCAGGGCCAACGCCACAGCGAAGGCAACCGUGGCAGCUUUUGCAGCAAGUGAGGGACACUCACAUCCGCGUGUUGUGGAACUGCCCAAAACAGAAGAAGGCCUGGGAUUCAAUAUAAUGGGCGGCAAGGAGCAAAAUUCCCCAAUAUAUAUCUCUCGCAUCAUCCCAGCCGGCAUCGCUGACCGACAUGGAGGACUGAAGAGAGGCGACCAGCUUCUCUCUGUCAACGGGGUGAGUGUGGAAGGUGAGCACCACGAGAAAGCUGUUGAACUCCUCAAAGCAGCUCAGGGCUCAGUGAAGCUGGUGGUGAGGUACACCCCCAAAGUCCUCGAGGAAAUGGAGUCACGCUUUGAGAAAAUGAGGUCGGCGAAGCGCCGCCAACAGAACAGCUUCCCCCAGUAGGGUUUGUCUGUGUUGAUUCCCAACUCCCAUGUCUCUCCUCUUUUAGCCUUUGGGCCAUGUUCUCUCUUUCCUUCUCUCCCACUGCCCAAUACUGCUCCACCAACAUACUCAUUUUAGUUCCUUCUCACAUAUACCAUAUAUUAUACAUCUCCCCUAUUUCUGUAGCAUUUUUAAAUAUUUGCAAUUGUUACGUUGGAGACUAUAACUCUAGACAAACAUUAUACUGAUCAUGAUUGUCUGUGUAGGUGGUCACUCACACUUGUGCAUUAUUUUUGAAUUGACUAUUUGAAUGCAACUCUGAAUGAUUUUGAGACCAACUACACAUUUCAUUUGACUGGAAAGUUAGUGUUUUUAAAUAUUUUAUCACAGUCACUACCAAGUGCCUCAGGGCAAUCAUGUUUAUUGUAUGUACUGUGUUCACCAUUAUGUUUUUGAUUUUAAUGGUUUCAAAAUCAAGUACUGGUAAUUCAAUUCUUGUGGCAGGAAUUACUAAAUCAUUUGCAUCUGUUAUUCUCAAAGAGCUGUACUUGUAUAAAUACAUGGUGGCAAAUGUAGAAACCCUUCAGUUGUUCAUACUUAAAAAACGUGCAAUUUUUGGUUUAGUGAAGGGAAGCUUUAGAGUAUAUUUUGUUCUAAAUAGUUAAAGAGAACGCCGUAAGCAGGAUAAUAAGGGAAACCACCGAAAGGACACUUUAGAACAAAACUAUGUAUUAUCUAUACUCUGGACUAAAUUUAUACCAUACCACAUACCACAAUAUAAAAAGCUUAGCAGACACUACGUGAUUUAAUGGGGUUUCAGCAACCUUUGAACUAAACUGCUGCUGCCCACAGAGCCUCAAAUUUCUAAUAAUGAAGUAUUAAUUCUUCAUAAGCAAGUACUUUGACAUGAGAUAAACGCUGUUUGUUUGUACAUAAUGUACUUGCUUGCUUAACAUUUGUCUAAAAUCAAGCAACCUCUUUGGUCACAAUAAUGCCUAAUGUGAGCUUUCCUCAUUGUCUUGACUGCUGAUACUCCAUACUCCGACUUCACCAUGUUUUGAGGAUUAUGCUGUAAAUCUGCUGCAUUGGUGAAUUUGAUUUCAUUUUUUUCAGUUUUCAACGUUUGUUUAACAAUGUCUAACCUGAAACAUUAACUUAAUUAGGACCUGUUUGUACUGGUAGUUUUUGGGUUCUUUAACUGGUGCUGGGAUGAGAUGUAUACAAAAAUGUCUUGCCAUUUAAAUAACUAUUUAUUUUAUGAUGCUUUCACUCAAAAACGAGUACUCGCCUACUUUCAAUAUUUAGUAAUGCAAGUCUCUGACCUGCAUGUCACUACAGAUCUAUUUCCUUAAAAGUUUGUCACUAUUCUUUUUUCAACUCUUAACAGUCUCUGCGUCAUUAAAGCCAACAUUUUAAUGGCACCCACGUACUUUGUAUGUAAUAUACAAACCGAACAAUAUUUUUAAAAUAACAUGACUUAAGCCGGCUAACAUCAACCCCGAUAUGCUGUAUAUGUAGACCUUCCUCCCAUGUUUACAACACUUACAAAGUUAUUUUUAUAGUGUUUGUUGAAAGCACAAUAAGCUCCAACAUGGAUGUUCCUUAUUAUCAUGUGGAUUAUAAAUUCUAAAACUGAAUGCAAAACAAAUGAUCUAUGCAAAGUAAUUCAAAAAACUUUUGAAAUAUUCUGUAAUGGUGCAUAAUUAUUUUAUUGCAGAAUGUUAUUGGAAAUUAUUGCUUCAAGGCUGUGUGGACAAAUGUCUGUUUGGGAAUUCCGCACUAAGACACAUUGGGAUUAAAUUAUCAUAUCAAUUUGUAAAGCAAGUAACUUUCUCAUAUUUGUUACUGUCGAAAUGAAAGUCUCCAUUUGACACUACCAUUGCUGUCAAAUGAAUGGUGGUCAAGAUCCGCUACCAGUCAGACUUUUGGCCACAUUUUCUCAUUCCAUUUAAGGAGAGUGUGUCCAAGCUUUGGACUGGUGCUGUACAUGUAGAGGAAUAGGUUUGUGUGUGUUUUCAUAGGCCACUUAGUAUACUUCUGUUUUGAGGCAAAACAUUAAACAGGAAAGUGUCUUUACAUAGAAGUCGAAAUGUCUUAAAAUAAUGUAUUAUUUGUGUUUUAUUAGUUAGAUUCACCGCUUAAACACAUGAAUAGUAAAUCAGGACAAAAUGUAAUCUGACUUGUUCACACUCACAACUGAAUGUCACUGACCAUUGUCUGAAUGGGUUGCAAAAUGUAACUUUCUACCAGUGUCCCUUGUCUAUAUAUUGAUUGAUUAAUAGAGUAUUUUUUAUAAUAGCUUUCUUUUGAUAUUUUUCUCAAUUUUUAUAAAGGAAUUUCCUAAAUAUAAAUACAGAGUAAUUGGUACUUCCAUUUUGACUGUGUACCAGGACCAUCUCGGCCAAGUCUCUCCUAAAGCAGCGCUGUUUCUGGACUAAUGUUUGAACUUGACGUUUCCUUGAUCAGCUCCUUUCUGAGAUUUCAACUGAUUUGUCUUUUGUUUUUGGAACUGAAGCAAACUUGCAAAAUUUGUGAAAAAUGCAAGUUUGUCGUUUUUUAGGUGUAUUACCCGUGUUGUUAUUUUGUGUUCUGGUAUCUUAUCCAGUUUAUCGUUACUUUGAUGUAAAAUGUAAAAUGUUGUGAUGUAGAAAAAAAACAGUAAAAUAAACUGUCUAAAAAUGUGA